UCAGACAAUCUGCAAACGACAAACGGCACAACCAAAACAUCAUUUGGCCUAAUAGUAUAGCCUAAUGACAGAUGGGUGGUAUGCCGUUCGGAUAGAUGGAUUUAGGCAGAAGACCACAUAGGUCCUGGUCUAACCAGAGCCUCAAUUUACUGGGCCCAACUGAGGAUGAGGUCAUGCUGAGAAAGCGUCUCAUGGCUGAGGAGUACAAGCGGGCCUUGGUGGCUCAAAUAGAGGAGCAGAGGCAAAUGCGAGAGCAGGAGAAGACGGCGCGGGUGGAUGAGGAUAGGAGACGGAUGCAGAAGUUUCGAAAAGACGCAUCUGCCAAGGGACAGGAAGCGAGUGUUCUGCAUGUCUCACAGGUGCGCCCACGGAAGUCAGAAGAGCCUCAAACCAUUAUGACAUCCUCACAGAAUUUCAGGAGAGUCUCUGCACCCAGAGCUGACCACAGCCAAGCUGAGAUGCUACAGAAGAAGCACCUUCGUGCUGAGGAAUACAAGCGGGACUUGGUUGCUCAGAUUGAGGAACAGAGGCUGCGCCGGGAACAGGAGAAGGCCACACGACUGGAGGAAGAGAAGAAGAUGGUCUGGGAACAGCAGAUCAAGCAGGAGCUAUCGCGGACUAAAAGACAGGAGUUGCUGCUGAACACCAAGAGAAGAGAGGAACCUCAGACCAGCAGUGAAGCCACACAAAAACACAAAUAUAUCCACCACGCCCUUUGGGAUCCAGUGAAGUCUGAGACCGCUCUGAGGAAACAUCUGAAAGAAGAGGAAUAUAAGCGCGACCUACAGGCACAGAUCGAGGAGCAGCGGCAGCGGCGGGAGAUGGAGAAGGAGGAGCGGAAGGCGGACGACCAAGCCGCGGUGCAGACUGAGGAGAGGCGGCUGAGGAGCGAGAGGGAGGUGAAGGAGUGGCGGUUUCCGCAGGACACGCUGGGCAGAAGACACGAGGUGACCGUGGAUGCUCACGCCUCCAUGGAAUUCUCAGAAAGUAGCAAAUACGCCCAUAACCUGAGCUGCCUUCUGGACCCCGCCCAGCUGGAGCUCAUGCAGAGGAAACGCAUCAGAGACGAAGAGCACAGGCGGGAAUUAGACAUACAGGUUAAAGACCAGCGGCAGCGGCGGGCGAAGGAAAAGGAGGAGCUGCUGGUGAAGGAGCUGGCGCAGGAGCGGUCGGAGGACAGGAGGCUGAAGAGGGAGGAGGAGUUCAGGCAGCAGAAGCUCCUGCUGGAGCAAAAGAAGAAGGAACUGGAGGCCCAGAUGGAGGAGCAGAGGCAGUGGCGGGAGAAGGAGGUGCGGCUGGCAAAGCAGCAGGAGAUCAAGCAGCCAAAGUUCCAGCAGGAUGCCAGGAGAAAGGGUCUGCAUCCGAAUUGGAAAGAGGAUCAGUUGGACAGGACACAGGUAGACGUGGCUUCCCAGCGGUUGCCUUUGGUGGCCAGGAGGAACCAAGACGUCUCCAGGCAGCUGCACUCUACAGAAUACGUCUCCCUCAAAGUGUGCAAGAGCUGGGAUAUGCUUGGCUAUACAGUGCUGACUGUCCACACGAAGGACGCAGCGAGCCAGACAGAUCCUCAUGAUGGUUUCGUACAAAGCGUGGAAACGACUGUACGCCCCACACCGCACCAUGUGAACCACAGGCCCAGGCUACCGUCGCCCCCGGUUCCCGCCGUACAGAGGUGGCUUCAGGACCAGUCAGCUCAGCCUGAGUGUCCUCCUUCGGAGGGGGGGGCCGAGGUGGACCGUGCGCGCCCGUCAUCCUCCUCCGGGCCCUCCUCCUCCUCGGGUGGCUUUGUGCGCAAACCCCCCUCUACCCCCCCUGCGCAAGACUUCCUGCAGAACGCCGAUCACACAGUGCAACAGCGCAACAGUGAGCACAGCAGUUACGUGCGUCAGAGCCAGCAGGAAAACCAGAACGAUUUGGAUCCAGAUUACUAGUCAUCUCAAUGUCCCAAAGAGCACUUCUGGACAACCUUUCACCCCCUGAUCAAUAUGCGUGACCUUACUGAGGAUUGUGUUCAGAAUCUGUUUUUGAGAGACCUGUAUAUGAAUUACCAUCUGUUCUCAUUAAAUGUUAAUCAUUAUUAUGUA